UAUCGUGAAAUUGAACCUCAGCUGGUUUUUUGUUGAAUUCUGACCAUCGUGGCGCUAGUCCUCGCAGCCUAUUCGACUCGUGUAUCCCUUUCUCGUCCUCGUCUUAGACAUUGAUUUAUGCCCAUAAAACACCGUGAAUUACCAUGGACUACAAAUUCGGAGGAAAAUAUCUCCUCGAACAGGAGAUCGCCAACGGAGGGUGCGGAACCGUUUUCCUUGGAACACAUCACAUCGCAGGAAAACAGGUUGCUAUCAAGCUUGAACCCGCGACAGAGGGCAGACAAUCUAUGCGCCGUAGCAAAAGCCAGCCAGAGCUACAAUCAAAAAGCAAGAAGCAGACAAUAGAUCCAUAUCCUGGUCUUUCGCCACUGACUCUCGAGUCACAGAUAUACAAACGUCUCAUGGGUGCCCCUGGAGUUCCUUUUCUUUUGCAUUCAGGAAAAUCGGGUCCCUAUAACGUUCUCGUGAUGGAUUUACUUGGUCCUUCCUUGGAGGACCUAUCGCGUCGCUGUGGUCGACGUUUCAGUUUGAAAACAACAUGCAUGCUCGCUGUACAGUGUUUGGACAGACUGGAAUAUGUUCAUAGUCGUGGUGUUCUUCAUCGAGAUGUCAAGCCCGCCAACUUUGUCAUGAGUCGCACGACCCCGAGUAUCGUGAACAUUAUUGACUUUGGCCUUGCUAAACGCUACCGCCAGCCUUUGAAUGGCGAACACAUUCCCUAUUCUCAGCAUCCUGAUGCUCUUCAUGGUGUCGGCACCUCACUCUAUGCCUCCCUAAACACGCACUUCGGCGUAGAGACAGGCAGGAGAGAUGACCUCGAGAGUCUAGCCUAUAUGUUAAUUGGCUUUGUGCGGGGAGGGUUACCUUGGCGGAAAGUUAGAGCCACAGUUGAUCCUCCACCCAAUUGGCCUUCGAAGGAGUGGAAUCCCAUAACUCAAACUUGGAAUCUAAUUCGGGAGGAGAAGGUGAAAGCCGAGGUUGCUCUGCUUAGUACGUCGAAGGACAGAAGACAGCAUAACCAUGCACCAACUUCCUCGUCUGACCCUGCUACUCUGCUAGCUGGUUUACCAGAGGAGUUUGGCGUCUUAUAUCGCUAUGCACGUACGCUUCAGUUCACCGACUUGCCUGACUAUGAGGGACUGCGCCAGCUUUUCCGUGGCUUGGCCGAACGCGAGGGCUUCCUGGAUGCAGACGGUGAAUACGAUGGCGUUUGGGACUGGCACGGUGUCGAUAUACCAGCUCCACUUGCGUCUAGUUCCGCCUCCGCGGUGCAUGGUCAGGGCCGAUUUUGUGAGGCAUGUAAUAAAAGGGCGGCUGAAGCUGCCGGAGUAGGUUCAUUGGGAAAGCGAAGAAAAGAAUGGGUGUAAUCUGUGUUGAGUUCUCUUGUUACAUUGGUCAAAUUAUCAUCGCCCAACGCUGGUCGAUGAUCAUAAAACUAUGUGACAUUGCUUGUGCUUGAUGGUGCAUUGUGCGAUGGAACAAGCAAGUCAUUUUACGUAUGCUGGUCCGCCUUGGACCAUUCGUAUGCGGCACUGCAGCCAGGGGGCCCUCCAUGAUGGGGAACUCCACUGUAGAAUUGGACUAGCUUCCUAGCAUUAGGAUAACGUCUGAACUACUUGAUGGAUUUUGUGAGAUACCAGAUGAUCGCACUCCGGGAUCUCUUGGU